GUGAAGUCUUCUCUGACGUGUGUUGUGUUGUUGUGUUUCAGAGCUCUGUUAGAACAGGUGGAGCACUGGCAGAGUUUUCUGGCUUUGGUGAACAUGAUCAUGUUCUGUACGGGUAUCCCCGGUCACUACCCCGUCAACGAGACCACCAGCUCGCUCACGUUAACCUUCUGGUACACGCUACAGGAUGACAUCAUGUCGUUCGAGGCGGAGAGGCAGCAGGUGUACCUGCAGGUGUACAGGCCGGUGUAUUUUCAGCUGGUGGAUGUUCUGCUUCAUAAAGCACAGUUUCCUUCUGAUGAAGAAUACGCUUCCUGGUCAUCAGAUGAGAAGGAACAGUUCAGGAUCUACAGGGUGGAUAUAUCAGACACGUUGAUGUACGUCUAUGAGAUGCUGGGAGCCGAAUUACUCAGUAAUCUGUACGACAAACUGGGACGACUGCUGACCAACACAGAACAAACAUCAUCAUGGCAGCACACAGAAGCGCUGCUGUACGGAUUCCAGUCCAUCGCUGAAACCAUAGACGUGAACUACUCUGAUGUCAUUCCAGGACUCAUCGGCCUCAUCCCCCGAAUCAACAUCAAUAAUGUUCAGCUGGCUGAUACCGUCAUGUUCACCAUCGGUGGGUGUGUGUGUGUGUGUGUGUGUGCACGUGCGUGCGUGUACUUGUACAUCUAUAUUUGUGAGGACCGGUUUGAGGCGUAGACCAGCGGUGUGAGGACAAGGAGAGUAAAGUGAGGACAUUUUGUCCGGUCCUCACUUCCAGAGACCCCUUUAAAGGGCUGUUUGAGGGUGAAGACUUGGUUUUAGGGUUAAGGUUAUAAUCAGGGUUAGGGUCAGGCAUGUAGUUCUGAUGGUUAGGGUGACGGGCUAGAGAUCGCAUUGCGUCAAUGUAUGUCCUCAUAAAGAUAGCUGCGCAAACAUGUGUGUGUGUACCUGGUAAACCCUACGGUAUGGGGACAAACACAAAGAUGGCAAUAUCCAAAACCCUUGUCCUUGUGGGGACAUUUUUUUGUCCCCAUGAGGAAACGAGCUUAUAAAUCAUACAGAAUGAACUUUUGUGAAAAUGUAAAAGAGCAGACAGUUGUGUGUGAUUGUUAGGGGGAGGGAAUAUGAGAUACAGUUUGUACAGUAUAAAAACCAUUGUGUCUAUGGAAUGUCCCCAUAAAACAUGGAAACCCAACAUGCGUGUGAGUGUGUGUGUGUCUGUACGUGUGUGUGUGAGAGUGUGUGUGUUUAUGUGAGUGUUAAAGCGGCCCUAACACACGCGGUUUCUGCCGAUCUCAUAUUAAUCUUGAGUACCUAUAGUGUAUCACAUUGCACCUUCAACGAUCACAUUGUAAAGACAACGCGGUCAUGCCGAUUUGCCUUAUUCUACGUGUGAAAGGUCAGACCCUAUCUCACUGAGACCCUAUCUCACUGAGACCCUAUCUCACUGAGACCCUAUCUCACUGAGCAUGCGGCACGACUCCUUGUCCAGGCCCCGGUCAUCUCAAGGUUGGACUACUGCGAUGCUCUCCUUGCCGGUCUUCCUGCAAAGGCUAUAAACCACUCCAGCUGGUUCAGAAUGCAGCAGCACGCCUCGUCUUCCAACAGCCCAAAAGGGCUCAUGUGACGGCCCUUUUCAGCUCUCUCCACUGGCUACCGGAUGAAGCCCGUAUCAGAUUCAAGUCACUAAUGCUUGCCUACAGGACUAUCACUGGAUCUGCACCGACAUACUUUCACACCCUCCUACACCCCAUCAAGAUCGCUGCGUUCUGCAAACCAGCGACGUCUUGUACUGCCUUCUCAUAAGGGCAGUAAAUCUCUCUCCCGCUCAUUCUCAUUCACAACUCCUUCCUGGUGGAACAUUCUUCCUAAUUCGGUCCGGUCAACCACAUCUCUCACAACAUUCAAAAAACUACUUAAAACCCAUCUCUUCUGUGAAUACUUGACAGACAGAUGAAAAAAAAAAAAAACACUAACCCUCUCUCUUUCUCUCAACAGGUAGUGGUCUAGCUUUUGGUAAAACUAGUAACUUUGUAUUGGCACCUAUUGCACUAUCGCUCCUGUAGGACAUAUCGCUUAUUGCUCCUUAUACUCUUUAUACGUGAACACUCUACUGAAGUUAGUUCCGCAGGUUCUGAGGCUUCAGGAACAGUUACGAGACGCCAUACAGAACGGAGACAUGGAGACGUCACACGGCAUCUGUCGAAUCGCCGUGAGUCUGGGAGAAAACCAUUCCAGGUACACAGAUAAAAGAUAUGUCUUAUGUAUUCCCGAAAAAAACCUUCUUAAGACAGUUCUUAAAAAUGUUCUCAAGAUUGAUCUCAGGUGAAUCCAAAUUCUCGUGAAACAAAAGCUGUCGUAAAUAUGAUCUUAAAAUGAAGACAGCCUCACGGUUGUCUUAAAUGUCAAAAGGUAAGAUGUUCAAUACAUGUAUUUGGUUGUUUCACAUGUGACGUGUAUUGUAUUGAGCCAGAAUCAUCAUUUUGACGUGUACUUGCCAUUAAGAAAUAUUUAUAUUGAUAUAAUAAUGAUAAGGUCCGGCUCCCUUACUUUAGCUUUCAUCAUUAAAAACGGAGUGCUUUUUUCCUUAUUCUGGGACAAAGUGACACGAAACAGACAGGGUCAGUAUUGUGCCAUAGUAACACAAGAAGUAUAUUUUUUAAUGCUUGCUAACAUUUGAGCUAAAAUGCGAUUGUAAAUGCCGUUUAACACGUCACAGGCUAAUAUAUAGGCUAUAUAAGAAUACGAUGUGCUUGUUACACACAUAAAGUUUAUUGUAUAGAUAAACGUACACAGUUACCACACAAGCAAACGAGUGUAAUCAUUUCAUUUUAUUCUUACAGCAAAAAUUAAGAUGUUCUUAAGAAAAUAGUUGAGAACGUUUUAAGAAACGGUUGAGAAUCGCACUUACGAACAUUCUAACGAACUUCCUAUCAUUUAUCGUGAAUCCGCCCCCUGUUCUCUUGCUGUUAUUCGUGCUGUGAAUGGGGCUGUCACGAUACAUGCGACCUCCGGAGGACGCAACCUCUGAAAGGAGCUGCUGAUCGAGUUAUCUUUACAAACAACAAAACCACUGCAAACGUGUAAAUGAUCAGACAAACUCGCAGUGUAAUGCUGGGUUCACACCAAACGCGAGCAAACUUUAUUACUCGCGGGAAUAGUUUGUUAUUUUCGCGUGAGUGACGCGAUCUGACAGAUAUUUUCAACCUUCGUGGAGGAUGAGAUUGACGCGCGUUCAUGGCAAUCACGCCGCCCGAUUCACGUCAUUCACACCGCCUGCUGCGAGUUCACGUCUAUACGUGUCUUUGCAUUGACUUUGUAUGUCAUUUACUCGCGCAAAACGCUUAAUACGCGUUUGGUGUGAACCCAGUGUAAGAGUUUAUGCUUUCCAUUAGGGAUGUAACGAUUCACUCAGCUCACGAUGCGAUGCGAUUCACGAUUCUG